AUGUCUUACGAAAAACGACCAGCCAAGCGUAUGCGGGUUAACAACGCUGGAAUCCAUGAAAGCGAAAUCACAGAAGAUGAGGCAUUCUACUCGCCUACCGUUGAAAGCUCGAAUGCCCUAGGAACGGUUGAGCGGGAAGUAUACGAAUGUUGUUAUGGAAUGUUAAGCGACAUAGCCGUAAAGAAACUAUGCAGUUCAGAGACGCAUUCAAGUCCUAUACAUGUCGAAUUUCAUAGUCCUAAUCAUCUUUCCUCGGGUGAUGAUCAGCACUCAACUACCUUCGACAUAUCGGACUUUGCAUCGGCCAAAAUCCUCAACGACUUGGCAAGUGUUCCAGAGAUCAAAAUGCAGUUAUACUGCCAUUCAAAGAUUGAAUUCGGCCAUGGAGGACACAGUCGAAGGAUGAUCAAACGUUCUAAAACAUCGCGUGGACUAUGGUUUUUGAAUACAAUAAUAUUUGGUCCAGAACGUUUUGCUGAAAAGAUAGGAGAAUACUUGUCAAUCAGGAAGAUGUAUCUUCAAGAUACACUUGGGUGUGAACGGUGCGUUCCGUACCGGAAUCCCCAUGCCAUGACCCCCGAGACGGGGGAAGUUGUGAUGACAAAUCUAUCUAUCUUGGCUCCCGGAAAUCACGAUAUAGAGGAAUUGAAAUCCGGACCAGAUCUUCUAGCGCAGUUGAUGGAAGGGGAGGCUCCUUUGGGAGAGACCGAGGCACCCAAAAUUGUGAAGACUUCCUUAUUCAGGCAUCAAAAGCAAGCUCUGACUUUCCUGCUGCGUCGCGAGGAAGGUUGGAAUUUUGAUGAUGCAGCUUCUGACAUAUGGAGUUGGCGGAGUGAUACUUCGGGGCGAUUAAGUUACGUAAACAAUGUCACCGGAUACAGCACAUGUGAAGCUCCUCCAGAAUUCCGAGGUGGCCUACUAGCGGAUGAUAUGGGAUUGGGCAAGACGCUCACCAUGAUAUGUUUGAUAGCUUCAAACCAAGCUUGCUUAAAUUGUGAAUUACCGCAGGCUCAUUCUCAUCCUUCUGAAUUGAGGCUUUCGAAUUUGUCAAAGGCUACACUACUGAUUGUACCUCCAGCAUUGAUACAAGCAUGGGAGUAUCAGUUUCGAUUACAUCUCGUACCGCGAGCACUAGCUUGCCAUAUCUACCAUGGCAACAACAAAAAAAGCAUGGAUUUUCUCAGACAGUUCGAUGUUGUCAUCACUACAUACCACACUAUUGCGGCCAUCUGGAAGCAUCACAGCGCUCAUCCAGAUGAUGAAUCUUUGUACUCUUUCACUUGGCAUCGUGUAGUUCUAGACGAAGCUCAUAUCAUCAAAAACCCUCAGAGCCAGCUAGCUCGAGCUUGUUGUGCUCUCAAAGCAACAAGACGCUGGGCGAUAACCGGAACUCCUAUCCAGAACAAACUUGUGGACUUCGCCAGCAUUGUAAAAUUUCUGCGCGUUUAUCCGUAUUCCGAUACAAGAACUUUUUCAGAAGAGAUUACAAAGCCAUUCAGAAAUUCUUCCUCGAUGGAUGCUAAAGGACUUUUACGACUCAAAACACUUGUGCGGGCUAUUACUAUUAGUCGCACCAAGACAGUCAUUGAACUUCCAUCACGGGUUGACGAGGUUCACCAUCUCGAUUUUACCUCGGCUGAGCGAGAGAAAUACGAGGCUGAGAAAGUGCGAGCGAGAGGGUUAAUGGAGAGAGCAAUCUCUUCUGGGAACCAGAGUGGAAAAACGUUCAAUGCGCUGUCACUACUCAACCGCUUACGUCUGAUCUGCAAUCACGGUAUGUUACAACUUACACCUACUACUGAUCAUAUGGUGUCUCAAGGAAGUGAAGUUGUUGCUUGUUGCUCCAUAUGCGGCGACUAUCUACAGGAAGAGGUCUUUGGUGGCCCUUUUCCCUCGGGUAUUGAUACUCAAAAUCAACCAUUAUGCGAACAAUGCAUUCUUCAAGAAAGAGAUAGCUGUGACCGAUCUCGGAGUAACAGUUCAAACUUCCCAGAUACAGCAGAAGAUUUGAGAUCUGUGACACCGCCAACAGCUACAGAUACUGCAUUUUCUAUCCAACACAUGUCGACAAAAAUCAAAGCGCUUUUGGCAGAUCUCCAUAAAUACAAGAAUGCCGAAAAAAGUGUCGUCUUUUCAUACUGGACGAACACGCUUGAUCUUGUGCAAAUGAUGCUGGAUAAUCAAGGAAUAAGCUACACAAGAAUUGAUGGGACAAUGUCCCUAUCCAAAAGAAACGAGGCUUUAGGUGCAUUCAAGAACAAAGAUACCGUUCGCGUAAUUCUUGUCUCAAUCACUUGUGGUGGUGCAGGGCUCGAUCUUACCACUGGGUCGAGAGCAUAUCUUCUCGAGCCACAUUGGAACCCAAUGAUUGAAGAACAAGCUCUCUGUCGUGUACAUCGAAUUAGUCAGAAGCGUAAUGUUACUACCAUUAGAUAUCUGAUGCAUGAUUCGUUCGAAGAGCAAAUCGUGGAUCUUCAAAAGAGAAAGAAGAUGCUUGCAGAUGUUACGUUUAGUCAAAAUUGUAUUUCAGAGGCUGGCGUCGAUAUGGGUAUUUUACAAUACUUGAGAUCUGUCCUUGAGUAA